AUGUCCACAACUGCUGCUGCCGAAUCCACCCCGUCCGUCGUCCCUGCUCUGCCUCAGAGUCAACUUACCACUGCGUCCAAUUCAGUCUACGUCGGUGACUUACCUGCUGACAUCACCGAAGAACAGCUGAUCAAAGUAUUCAGUCAGGCUUCUCCAGUUUUAAAAGUGGAGAUCAGCUCUUCCAAGAGAAGCACUGAGGCUCCGCGGACCUAUGCUCACAUCAGGUACUCUUCUGCCAAAGACGCCACUCAAGCCAUCGAAGAGUUCAAUCAAGUAGAAUUCUCGGGGAAACCUUGCCGAGUCAUGAAAUCUACUCGAGGAGCCUCGAAGGGCCUUCCAGAAGCCAACGUGUUCGUCAAGAAUUUACCUCUUGAUCUCAGUGCGGUUGCAUUUCACGAUACAUUCGCUGCGUAUGGAGAGAUACUCUCUUCCAAACUAGCGGUAGACAAGAAUAACACAUCCAAAGGUUAUGGCUUCGUCCAAUAUGCGUCGGCUGAACAAGCCAAGAAGGCCAUCGCAGAGACCAACGGAUCCACCUUAGAUGUUGAAGGGGCCGACAAACCGAUUCAAACCAGCUUGUUCGUCAAGCGGGAAGCCCGCCGCGCUCCUCGCGAAUUCAACAAUUUGUUCUUCAAGAACUUAUCCACCAACGUCACCCUAGAAGGUUUCAAGAAGACCUGGAGUAAGUAUGGCGUCAUUACAUCGGCCAUUCUGAACAAAGGGGAGGACGGAAAGCCUAGCGGUACCGCCUUUGCUAACUUUGAAAAGUCGUCCGCUGCGGCGAAGGUCGUCAAAGCUACUCAAAGCAAGGCCCCUGAUGGAGUCUAUGCAGUCCCCGCCUUGAGCAAGGCAGAACGUGAGCGCCACCAAUCCCGCAAAGCUGCCAAAGCGGCUCAGGAGUCUGCCUGA